CAACAACUCCAAAACCCACAACACCAAAACCAACCACUCCGAAAGCAACAACCACAACUACAACACCAAAACCAACCACUCCUAGACCGACAACCACAACUACAACACCAAAACCAACUACAACUACCAAAAAACCUACCCCUCAUCCAACAACACCUAAACCAGUGACUGCAACGCCUAGACCUAUAGAGCCUACCCCAGCGGCUGACGACAAUAAAAUUCAAGUGCAUGCUGUAAGCAGCUCUGUAAACGACCCGAACGCUAAUUCGAUUGAUGUCUUGAUCAAUAAUGUUUUAGAUAAUUCUAUUGUACCUGUUAUUGAAGAAACAACAUCAAGACCAACUACACCAAAACCGACAACAACAACCACAACUCCGAGACCGACUACAACAACAACGACGCCUAAACCGACGACAACCCCGAAACCGACGUCAGCUUUACCGAGGCCGACAACACGACGGGCUGCCAUUGACAACAUAGGACCUAGGGAAGCAUCAACACGACCACGACUUCGGAUCAAUGGGUGGGUCAUGGACAAGCUCCUCAAACGAUGGGUGUUGAAGCUUCGUAAUGGCAAAAUACUAGUGGCAAAACCAGGAACAGUAGCAGAAAGGAAAACAUUUGCUCAAUAUAUCGCACUGCGUAAAGCAAGACUUGGCGAAAGUACCCCAGCUCCUUCAACUACGACUACGACGACGACGACAACAACAACAACACCAUCGGCAAGAGAGGACGAGAUGAAGGCCGAUUCUGCUGUGACGCCGGCUCCUAGCUAUAACAGCAUCAACGGCUUGAAUUCGGGAUAUGCAGGAGCGUCACGUAACCAGGUCGGUGAAUCACAGAGACAGGAUGAAAGGAACGGUCUGACAGACGACAAUAGGAUUUACCCUAAUGGCAUGGAACGGUACAGAAAUGGAAGUACAGGAACAAGGCACAGGCACCACCAUGGCAGACAUAGACCUUCUACAGGAAAAAUCCAGGUACGGAUUGCAGGAGGACGACAAGACACAGACGGGAGGCUGGAGGUGUUACCCCCGGGACAGAGAGAGUAUGGGGUCAUUUGUGGUGACCAAUGGACAUUCAAGGAGACCAUUGUGGCUUGUAAACACCUGGGGACUGGCUACGCGCAACAAAACACCUCUACUUCAGUGUUCGGAGGUAGAAAUAUGACUAAAUAUUUCUACUCUGUGAGAUGCACGGGGAAAGAGGAGAACCUGAACGAGUGUCAGUGGACAGAACACGACGGUGGCGUCAGGUGCAGGAGGGCCGACUCUGUAGCAGGCAUAGUCUGCGCAAAUGAUUUACCUGACCUUGAGCCAAGUACAUAUAUGGUGGAGACCACAGCUUUCCUUCAGGACAGAUCCCUGUAUUACCUGACAUGCGCAAUGGAAGAAAACUGUCUGUCAAGUUCCGCUUACGACCUCCAAAGACGAAAUCCUUAUGGCUGGAGGAGAAGCACCAGACGGUUGUUGAGAUUCUCCAGUGUUGUACGUAACCGUGGCACGGCUGACUUCAAUCCGACCAAGAGGCGUCACGAGUGGGAUUGGCAUGCAUGUCAUAUGCAUUAUCAUAGUAUGGAAAUAUUUGCCCACUACGACAUCACGGACCAAAACGGGAACCUUAUGGCCGAGGGUCUGAAGGCCAGCUUUUGUCUCGAGGACUCUGAAUGUGGACGAGGGGUUCGACCAAAGUACAAUUGCCAAAACUUUGGCCAACAAGGAAUAUCUGUCGGGUGCUCUGAUAACUACAUGGCAGAUAUAGACUGUCAAUGGAUAGAUAUAACUGACCUGAAGCCGGGGAAAUAUAUAUUCAAGGUUGAGAUAAAUCCUUCCUUGUUGAUAGCAGAACUCAGCUACGACAACAACGUGAUCACAUGUACGUUGGCUUACACCGGAUACCAAGCCAGAAUACUCGAAUGCAAAUUAGGAAGUUUGCUAGGAUAACACACAGCGAACUAAACAAAAUAAUCGACGCCAGUAUUAGGUGAAUUUUAAUGCGAAAUUCCAAAAGGUCCAAUAACUUUUAGUUAAGUAACGCCACUGAUAUUUCAGGAAUCACUCAUCUCUUUUGAUGCCGAAGGUUGUCUCCUUUUCAUAAACUCUGACUGAUUUGAAAGGGACAGGCCUGUGAACAUUACAAUAAUGAGUUGAAGAUUCGGACUAACCGUAUGACGUUGACUAUAACUAUGACACUCAGGUGCAGAGAGACGCUUAAUAUCGAUGUGAAAUAUAGACAAUAUAUAUCGGUCUACUUACAUUUGUGAUGUAAACAAUGAUUAACCCACGCUAAUAGGAGGGUCAAUAAUUGUGAAAAAACAUAAGGUACACAGCUUUCAUUAUACCAAAUGUCUUUCAUAUUUUGCGAAUGUCAGCUGUAUUGUAUGAUUUGAUACUUUGGCUUAUUUCCGGUUGACAUAAAACCCGACAGCAUUAUUUACAUCGGAUGUAUCGCUGACUUGGUUUAGCGUUGUGUGUAAAUCAUCCAAGUGAAGGUCUGCAUAAACCCAGUGACGGGUAGGGCACGUCCAUAACACCUACUCAUAAUCUACAGUCAGGAGGCUGUGGCGGGUAUUGCACGUCCACAGAACCGUUCCACUCAUAAACUACGUGACGCAGCAUGAGAGGGGAAAUCACUUUGAAAUCCAUUAGUUAGAGAAAUGAGUUGUCAUGUGCAUUGCUUUUGUUUGAGUGUUUAUUUUAUUGGUAUUUCUGUGAUAAGUGAUGAUAUGAAUGUGAAAACAGUAUAAAAGUUUGUUGUUAUUGUAAUGCAGAUUAGGAAUUUUGCAAAUAAUGCAUUGCCUACUCGUUGAUUUUUUAUUAAGCAAACAUGCUGUGAUCUAUAUUUAAUCAAUAUAAUUUCACAAAUCAUAAUAUAAAAAGUGCCUAUAUCGUAUGCACUAUUAUCAACCAUGACACCUAGAUAAGAACAUGUGUUUAUUAUAUUAACUUGUAACCAGGUGAUGUUCCCAAUGACUUUUAAUAAUAACUAAUGUAGAAAGGAAAUGUCAUAUUAUAUCAAAACACACCAGUGUCAUAAGAUUUUUAAUCAAAUAUCGUUAUCAUAUAUUUUCUCAAUUUGUUCAGAUGUUCAUCCAUUAACUUAUUAUUCCACAAACAUGAAUGUUAAUCAUUUAAGAUAUGCUUUAAUAAUUCAAUUAACUUUUAGAGUAAUUUGAUAGUAAAACGUAAAAUGGAAGUCAUUACCAAAAAUUAUGUAAAUUUUCAUGAUGAAGCGCUUCUUCAGUGCUAUGGAUGGGGGAGUAUGUUAGAGACGUUGAACGAACGGAACAUGAUUUACAAAAAGUGAAGAUUUCAGUAAAUCUUGAAUAAGCGGAUUAUGAUAACAUCAUACUGUUUUUAAUUUUUAAUCGUAUCUAUUUUUGUAAUCCAGACAAAAUUUUAAAUAUUCUUUUGUUUUAUAAUUACACCCUCUUUUGAAAACGGGGGUUCUUAAAGCUGUGAUAUAUAGAAAGAAUAUAUUUUAAUUCAAAGUAUCGAUAACACAAUGACAAUCCGUGUUUUUUUUACUAAGUUGUGUUCCAAGAGAAAUAUUAAAUCCAACCAUCUUUUUCUAUAUUGGCCAUUACAUUUGGUUUAGCCUUAGUCAACCUAUCAUACUAAUAGUCACUGCACACUCUAUUGGUCUCUUUCUCUAGCUACUAUUUCUGAUAACUGAUAGGUUUUGUCAAUGCCUCUCAUUGAAGGGAUGGCGGACAAUGUAGCUUUACAACUCCAACACUUUCCAAAAUAGGUGUGACAAUGGCGGAGACGUAUAGUCCUUUGUUUGUUCUCUACUCAAGAAUCACACAUUAGGACCAGAUAUAGUCCCUAACAAAAAAGGGGGUAACUUUGGUUAUGCAUUGUAGAACUGUUUCGUAUAUUACUAUGUAGUACUUUUUAUAUGCGAAUCACCGGUGUUGCGAUAUUUAUACAUUGUGAGUUGUAAUCAUUGCCUUGUGAACUCAGAGUGGAGAUAUAAAUAAUACCGAUGAUAUCAUUGUCUCUCACAAUCAAAAUAUUAAUAAUACAUUGAAUUCAAUUAUAUUAUAAUGAAAGUGUCGCGUUCAUGAACUAUGAACUCAAUAUGUUUGUUCUAUUGUCAUGACCUCAUUGUCUUUCGUAAGCAUCAACUGUAUUUGCACAAGGAUAAGAAAAUAGACAUUUAACUGUCGAGCGGGUCUUUAACAUCCACUGUGUAUGUAUAUAUUUGAUAACGCACGUGUUUUUUAUGCUUUAUUUGGAUUUUAUUUAUUACUGAUGUGCAUAACUUGUCUAAUAAAUGAUACUCUAAACUAAUAAA